AACAUGGAGAUAUUAAUGUCUCUGAUCUUAAUCUUCCCGCUCUUUCUCUUCAUUCACUAUUUCUUCUUCCUCCACUCAACGAAAUCCAAAUCCAAAUCCAAAUUCGAAUCCGAACCCGGAUUCAAAAAUUACCCAUUCCUCGGAACCAUACCCGAAUUUCUCCAAAAUCGCCACCGUUUUCUUGAUUGGAGCACCGAAGUCCUCUCCCGCUGUCCAACCAACACCGCCAUCUUAAUCCGACCCGGAAAAAUCAAGGGUUUCGUCACCGCCAACCCUGCAAACGUCGAACACAUGCUUAAAACCAACUUUGAUAACUACCCUAAAGGAACCAGAUUCAUUUCGUUCCUUGAUGACUUCCUUGGACGUGGCAUCUUCAACUCUGAAGGCGAAGCCUGGAGGGCACAGCGUAAAAUUGCAAGUUACGAGUUCAACACCAGGUCCCUCAGGAAUUUCGUCAUGGAAACCGCCGCCGUCGAGUUGCGUACCCGAUUCAUACCCAUUCUUCAAAGAGCUGUAGCUUUGGAUCUGGUUCUUGAUCUUCAAGAGCUACUGGAGAGGUUCACUUUUGAUAAUAUAUGUAAGGUGGCAUUCAACGUCGACCCUGGUUGUUUAGCCGGCGAUGGAAGUUCCGGUACUGAAUUCAUGAAAGCUUUUGAAGAAGCUGCGACGCUUAGUUCCGGGAGAUUUUUGUAUGUUUUUCCAUGGAUUUACAAAAUGAAGAAACUGUUGAGAAUUGGUUCUGAGUUAAAGUUGCAAAAAUCAAUCGCUAUUGUUCAUAAGUUCGCCGGCGACAUUAUAAAGUCGAGAAUGGAGGAUAAGACCGAUAAAAAAGACGAGGAUUUGUUAUCCCGAUUCAUGGGCAAGCCGGAAUAUUCGCCGGAGUUUCUCCGGGACAUUGCCAUAAGUUUUAUAUUAGCAGGUCGUGAUACGACGUCGUCUGCUCUCACAUGGUUCUUUUGGAUUUUAUCUUCACAUCCCGAAGUGGAGCAAAAAAUACUCGACGAACUGACAGCCAUCCGUCUCAGCUCCGGCAAAAGUCACCAAGAUUUUUACUCCUUCGACGAGCUCCGACAGAUGCAUUAUCUGCAUGCCGCAAUCUCGGAGGGGUUAAGGUUGUACCCGCCGGUGCCGGUGGAYACAAAGGMYUGCCUGAAARAYGACGUSAUGCCRGACGGGACKUUUGUYGGGGAAGGUUGGUUCGUGACGUAUAUCACAUACGCAAUGGGGAGAAUGSARAGYRUUUGGGGGRMWGAYUGYCKUGAGUUUMGRCCGGAGMGGUGGUUGGAGGAAGAGGAGAGCGGCGGAGGAAAGGUGGUGUAUAGACCGGAAAACCCAUUUAAGUUUCCGGUGUUUCAUGGUGGACCCAGAAUUUGUUUAGGGAAAGAAAUGGCGUAUACCCAAAUGAAGCUUGUGGCAGCGACAAUCAUCGAGAAAUUUAAGGUGGAGGUGGUGGGAGCGGCGGAGGAGAAGAAUCCGCCGGAGCACGUGUUAGCGUUAACGAUCAGGAUGAAAGAUGGUCUGAAGGUGAAAGUGAGGAAAAGAUACGACUGCUGUGUUGUUGAUUAG